CUUAGAAAAAAAAACACAAUAAAAAGUUAGCAAACAGUAUCUCUCGGUCACUCGACAAGGUUAAAGUCGAAGGUUUUAGCGGCGGUAAGCCUUUCUUCUUGUUAUUUAAAAACGGUAGUUUAAUAAAACGCAUUUAGAGCGUCGCACAAGCCAUUAAAGAUAUUACUUUGCACCAAUUCCGUAACUAUGGUAACAAGGGCUAGCCUCUAGCUGCCUUUAAAACACAGGACCCCCGGCUUACUGGCAGCAUUAGCUCCAUUUAAGGGCAAGUAAAAGUGAACAGUUACAGUGCGGUUGUAGCUUGUGUCAUAGUCACAACUUUCUAAUCAGCUGUCUGACUUUUCACAUUGAAGAAGUUGGCCAGAACACAGCAUUUGCUCUCGGCUCUGACAACCAUCUGCCAGCUGGGGGAAGCUGUCACGGAUGUCUGAUAAGAAAGGAAGCGAUUCUUUGAACACUGAUGGGGGUGGACCUCUAAAAGUCUCCUACAUUUUUCCAAACGGAGACAGAUAUGAGGGAGAGUGCAGCAGGUCUGCAUAUGGAGCACUGAUGCAUGGUAGAGGGACCAUGCAGUAUCCCUCUGGAGCACAAUAUGAAGGAGAAUUCAAAGACAACAUGUACAACGGCACAGGAACAUACACCUUCCCAGAUGGUUCUAUGUGUAAAGGUCACUUUCAUAAUAACAGGUUGGAGGGAGAUGGGGCCUUCAUUAGCGCACAGGGACUGUUCUGGACGGGGGAGUUCCAUGGCAAAGCAGCGCUUGGACUCAAAUUGGAACACAAUCUUUAGGCAAAACAAAUACCACACUUUGGCACAUAUAUCUAUAACAUUAAAAUGUAACUGCAUCAGA